AUGGAUCCAUCAAUCGACAAGUUGGAGAUGACCCAGCCGCCGGCUCAUGCUGCGGACAAGCGCCUGAGCGUCGAGGAAAAGGGUGAUGUUGUCGAACUAGCGGCCACUUACACUGAGGAGGAGGAGAAGAGAGUUCUCCGGAAGAUCGACUGCACUAUCCUGCCAAUGAUGUGCUUCAUCUUCUUCCUGCAAUAUCUCGAUAAGCAAACACUUAGUUAUGCCUCGGUAUUUGGCUUGAUUAGCGAUCUGCACAUGACUAGUAGCCAAUACGCAUGGUGCUCGUCGAUCUUCUAUGUUGGCCAAUUAGUCGCGGAAUAUCCCUUCAUCUACCUGAUGUCAAGGCUUCGCUUGACCAAGUUCGUUGGCGGGACAGUUAUCGUAUGGGGAAUUGUGUGCAUGUGCCUCGCAGCACCCCACAACUAUGCUGGCUUCGCCGCUGUUCGAUUCAUGCUUGGGUUUGCUGAGGGUGCCGUUUCGCCAGCUUUCGUAACCAUUACCGCAAUUUGGUACCAGAAAGACGAGCAUGCUGUUCGUACUGCGCUCUGGGUCACAAUGAACGGCAUUGCUCAAGUAAUCGGCUGCUUGUUGAUGUACGGCAUUGGCAAAAAUACCGCGCUUUCACUUGCCCCCUGGCGGACAAUCUUUAUCGUAUGCGGCGCCAUUACCAUAGCAGCUGGCGUUGGUUUUUACAUCAUCAUGCCCAACGGCCCGAAGGAUGCCUGGUUCCUGAAUGCCAGGGAAAAGGAGGUUCUCUCGCUUCGUAUGGCCCAAGACCGCGAGGGCGGCGACAAGGCGUCCUUCUCAGUGCGACAGCUCCGAGAGGCAGUUCUUGAUCCGAAGUCAUGGUUUGUAUUUGCUUUUGGUGUCCUGGUGACGAUGCAAUCGCCGGUGCUGACGUUCGCUUCGUUGGUCAUCAACACUAUUGGCUAUGACAAGUAUGAGACGAUGCUGUAUACUGCCCCUUCUGGUGCCGUCCAGGUCCUGCUCCUAUGGAUUGGCGUCGCGGGGUGCUGGAUGUUUCCACGCAAUCGCACACUCGUGGUCCUGGCCUUGAUCAUCCCGCCACUGGUGGGCACCAUUCUUCUCUUGAAGCUGAGCACCGAUUCGGGCUGGGCCAUGAUUGUCGCCUCUUGGCUCGCUUCUUGCAUAACGGCCGUGAUGUCGCCACUCCUGUCUCUCACUGCAUCCAACGUCAAGGGCAACACAAAACGGUCUGUGGUAAGCUGCAUGUUCUUCAUUGGUUACUGCGCCGGCUGCAUUGGAGCGCCGCAGCUUUGGACCGAGAAACCUCGUUAUUUCAAUGGAGUGGUCACCGGGAUCGUUACCUGGUGCUUGCUUUUCGUAGUCGUCGUCACCUAUCGAUUCAUCUGCAUGAGGGAUAACCAGGCGAGAGAUGCAUGCACGGGCGAUAUUGGGGGAGAGGCGGUUGCAGCGAGGCAGGGGGAGAUUGUUCUCGACAAGUAUGGAGCACCGAUAACUGAUCUGACUGACAAAGAGGACUCGAAGUUCAGAUAUAGCUGGUAG